AUGGGAUUUUUUAUACGAGAUCUGCAUCGACAAAUUCAAGAUCUUCAUGCUAAAGCGAAUGAUGAAUCCAGCUCACUGACUGUCUAUCGUGGUCAAGGAAUGAUGAAAAAUGAAUUCGAGAAAAUGAAAAAAAAUUAUCUUAAUGAACUUUUUAUUCAUUUACUUUCCUUACCUUGUCUAUCUUCAUUAGUCAUCGAUUGUAUAGAUAAUGUUGAAAAUACAAAACAUCAUUUAUCAUCAAAUAUUUCGUUUACCUGUAUUAAAAUAUUGCAAAUUAUCAUAAAUGAAUCUUUUAAUCGUGUUUCACUACCUAUAGCAACUACUGAAUUCAGCCCUAUUGAAUAUCUUGUUAUUACAAAUUUUUUGCGAACCAAUGAAUUAAAUGGUCUUUUAUCAGAUGUUCCUCAACUUCGUCGUUUAUCGGUUCAUCUUUCAAAUCAAUUUGCUGAAAAAUACAAAAAAAAACACGAUUCAAUUCACUUGAAUCAUUUGAGAGAUGUUUCUUUAAAUAUAAGACAUACUACUUUCAAUAAAUUUGAAUUAAUAAUAAAACAUUUAUUUAAACAAGUUGAAGUUUUAUGUAUUACAUCAGAAAAUAAUUCAACAUAUUUAAAUGAAAUGUCGAAGAAAUUAAACGAGUUGACACUAAUACAACAUACUGCAACUGUUAAUAUUUAA